AUGUGCUCAUUUGACAUAGGUGAUAAAAAUGUCAUAAGAUUUAAUGGCGAUCACAACUCCUCUCGACCACAGUCCUUUUUUGAUUCAGUUGCUGUUUUCUUCUGUAAGGUGCUCCACCCUCCUCCAAUUCCUAGAACUCGAAAGGUUGAUAAAUAUUUCAAUCUGGGGAGUUUGAGACUUGGUUCUGGUUUGGAUGAGAGCCUGUUAUAUGAGAUACUCUCUAGUCUGCGGUCUGCAGCAUCAACUACUGAUGCUGCAAGUUCAUCUUCUUCUGCUCCGAACGCUUCAUUUGUAGAUUCAGUUGGAGGCCUUCCCUCAGAAGUUGUCCCAGUGACUACAGACGAGCCAGAUGUCUUGAACCGAGAUUCUUACUCAUGUAAUAGCUCAACUAGAGAAAGCUGGGGCAGAUGUUCCAUUAUGGGAAACAGCGACGAGGAACCUACUACAGAUCAUGGAGCUGACGAUAAUGCUUCUGAGUUAUUCUUUACUCCCAUGGGAAGCAUGAGAGAAAUCUUGCCGGACAAGAAAGAAGACGAAAAGAGUCAAAAGGAAAAGAAGAAGAAGAAGAAACCUGAUAAAGCAAAGAAGAUUAAAUCCGACGGGUUAGAAAAGAUCGAGUCCCUUAGUCGACGCCUGCGGCGUUGUUGUAUGCCAAGGGGAUCUUUCCAUCAAAGACACCAGUCAUCUUGAUUAGUCUUGGUUGCUAUUGCAUCUUGUAAUCCAUCUUAUUGUAAAAUUUUUCCACAUCAAUGUAAAAUUUUUUUAACCCGUGGAAUCAGCCACUGAUGUAAUUAUCAGGUUAGGCCGCCUACAUUAUAUCCUUUGGGUGCGGUCUUUUCCUGGACCCUGCGCUAACAUGGAAUGCUUAUGCACCGGGCUGCCAAUUUAAAAUGCAUUGAUAUUGUUAGGUAGCCCAGGAAAUCCAACUUUCUUUGUAGCUUGACUAGUUGGUUCUCUUUUAGGAAAAUUCAAGAAUGUACUACUAAAUGAGCAAAAAAUAAUGCUUUGUAUACUUGGCCCUGAUUAUACCAGUUGUUUAUUGAGGCUUUGGAUGUGACUCACCUCUGUUGCAUUCUGUAAACUUGGUGCUUCUUGUGUGAUUAGAUAACAUUUCUGACAUAAACUAUAAGACACUUGAAGUAACUUGGUAACA